AUGCCUGGUCACCCAGCGUACAGGGAGAAGCUGGAAAGAUUGGCGAAGUCCAAGCAGGGGAAAUUCAGGAGCAAGGCAAUCAUAGGAAGCCACACGGACAAAGACGCGGACGCGGACGUCGACAAGGACAACAAAGGCGAUAACAAAGGGGCACCGUCUACCACCCCCACUGUCACCCCCCACCCGGAAGAUGCGCACGCGUUUCGUAAAGAAGGACACCAAAGACGAUGUCCCCCCCAUUCAGGAAGGCGCGGUCAAGAUCCCAGAAAGUGCACGGCAUGCAUCAAAUUCAAGGUGCCAUGCUAUGUCAAGGGGAAGACAGGCACUGAGCCUCUUGUCCCCGUGAAGCACCAAUCUUGCGAGUCUUGCAAGUCUCGCAAGAUCCACUGCAGCUUCUACCCGGGGCACAACACCUUUGUGGGUCAAUUUUUGACGACGCCACUGGGAAGCUAUGGGGAGGCGUUGAAGUUGGAGGAGGGAGAAGAUGUUCCGGCGAAGGGGAAGGCCGGGGAAGGGUUGUUCCCUGAGGAUGUGGAAGAACUGCUUGUGCAGCUCUUUGAGCGCCAAGGCAGAAUCAUGAAACGGCUGGACGGGUUAUCCGCGUCCAUGACGGUGAUUAAUGCAUGGAUUGCAACGUUUGCCGAGACAAACUUGGCGGUGGAGAAUAGGAUGAAGAGCAUUGAGGACGGCAUCCAAGAGGUGAAGGCCAAAUGGACCAUGGCCAAAGAAUAA